UUCCUACUAUAUUUAUUACUCUUCACUCCACGAAAAUAAAAUGUAGGAAAUAGUUCUUGAAAUCUACAUUUGUUGUCGGUUUUUUUAAGCUACUUUCUGUCAUAAAAUUGGUCCUCUUACCCUCGGCAGAGGCCACCGCCUUGUGCAGUCUUGGUACUCCCGCUGCGUAGCUGCUGCCACUGUUUCUUUUCAUCUUCUCCCGUUGUCUUUUGUUCAUCAAGGCCCUGCAAAUCGGAGAAUUUGCGAAAUUCGACGGAAGCCCCCGGUUUCUGUUCCUCGUCUUGACUCACUGUUAAACCCUAAUUCCAAUUCUCUGUUCUGUUGUCUCUCGCGAUUACCGGAAUCUAUUUCGUUUUGAUCGCAUCGUUUGAUUUUAAUUUGAGCAUAAUUCGAUCUUCCCGUUGAAGAAAGAGGCGUGGGCGAUAAACAAUGGCGAUAGCGGCGCCGGAGCAGCUAAAUGUAAGCGAGGUGCCGGCGUGGGGUUCUCGAAGCGUUGAUUGCUUCGAGAAAUUGGAGCAGAUUGGUGAAGGAACUUAUGGGCAAGUUUACAUGGCAAGAGAAAUCAAAACAGGGGAAAUUGUUGCUUUGAAGAAAAUACGGAUGGACAAUGAAAGAGAAGGGUUCCCCAUUACAGCCAUUCGUGAAAUUAAAAUUUUGAAGAAGCUUCACCAUGAAAACGUGAUCAAGUUAAAAGAGAUCGUGACAUCUACUGGUCCAGAGAAGGAUGAGCAAGGGGCAUCAGAUGGUAACAAGUAUAGAGGUGGAAUUUACAUGGUCUUUGAGUACAUGGACCAUGAUUUGACUGGUCUUGCCGAUCGUCCUGGAAUGAGAUUUUCUGUGCCGCAAAUUAAGUGCUAUAUGAGACAGCUUUUGACAGGGCUUCACUACUGUCAUGUAAAUCAAGUGCUUCACCGUGAUAUUAAAGGUUCCAAUCUUCUUAUAGAUAACGAAGGAAACUUGAAGCUUGCAGAUUUUGGUCUAGCCCGUUCGUUCUCAAGUGACCAUAAUGCUAAUCUUACAAAUCGUGUGAUUACUUUGUGGUAUAGGCCGCCAGAGUUGCUGCUAGGAACCACAAAGUAUGGCCCUGCUGUUGAUAUGUGGUCAGUCGGCUGCAUCUUUGCUGAACUUCUUAAUGGGAAACCAAUCUUCCCUGGGAAAGAUGAGCCGGAGCAAUUAAAUAAAAUUUUUGACAUCUGUGGGACUCCUAAUGAGGAGAUUUGGCCUGGAGUCUCAAAGAUUCCUUGGUACAACAAUUUCAAGCCAACAAGGGUUGUGAAAAGGCGUCUAAGAGAGCAUUUCAGACACUUUGACCGCCAUGCCUUGGAUUUACUUGAUCGGAUGCUGACUCUUGAUCCAUCUCAGAGAAUAUCAGCAAAGGAUGCUCUUGAUGCUGAGUAUUUCUGGACAGAUCCAUUACCUUGCGACCCCAAGAGUUUGCCAAAAUAUGAAUCUUCCCAUGAGUUCCAGACAAAGAAAAAGCGUCAGCAGCAGCGGCAACAUGAAGAAAACUCAAAGCGUCAGAAGCUGCAGCAUCAGCAGCAGCACUCUCGUCUUCCACCAAUUCAGCAGUCCGGGCACGCACAUGCUCAGAUGCGUCCGGGUCCAAAUCCACCUAUGCACGGACAACCUCAGGUUGCUGGAGUUCCUGGCCAUCAUUAUGGUAAGCCACGUGGGCCUUCAGCAGGGCCAGGAAGAUAUCCUCCUGGUGGAAAUCCUUCUGGGGGCUACAACCACCCAAAUCGUGGUCAAGGUGGUGGGGGUUAUGGCAAUGGCCCGUAUCCGACUCAAGGACGGGCUCCUCCAUAUGGUUCUAGUGGCAUGCCUGGUGCUGGUCCUCGAGGGGGCGGAGGUAGUGGUUAUGGAUCUGGAGGUCCUAAUUACCCUCACGGUGGUCCAUAUGGGAAUUCAGGAGCUGGACGCGGCUCAAACAUGAUGUCUGGGAAUCGCAACCAACAAUACAACUGGCAGCAAUAAUGUCUCUAAGAACAAAUGCUUUAGAAUUGGACGAAAGAGUGCCAAAUUUGCAUGCCCUUUGGCUUCAUACUGGACAUUUGCUUAAAAGGACUACAUUCCACCGGCAUGAUUGAAAGUUACAACCACAAGAAUUCUGAGGAAGAAGGUUGUCUGCUGGUAUACGUAUGUAAAGACCUAACUAUAUAAGGAAGUUGUAUGAAGAGGAUAUGAAUGUCUGACAAACAUAAACACAUAGUUGUCAAGCCAUAUAUUAUAUCUAUUUCUGGUUCAGAAGGUAAAAUUUAUUCUCUCUGAGUUCUGUAACCAAAGUAUGUUCUGCAGUGCAAUGUACUUCCCCAAAUAUGACCUUUUUUGCUGUGGAAGAUGGUGAAUAGGUAUAUUUGUUCAAGUUUCAUACUUCACUGCCGCUGUUGUUUUGAAGGCACCUCUUAGGUCUUCAUUGUUAUGUAAAGCAAAACAAAGAUACAAAUAAUACAAUGUAUCUUGGUUUC